GGAAGCACCAGAAAACCGGCGUUGCUCUCCUUAUUACGGAUAUCUUUUUGUAGCAGGAAGUAAAGAUUUCUCAAACAAAUCAUGAGUUUUUCUCACGGACAGGGGUAUCCAGGAGGAGGCCAACCACCACAAGGUAACCCAUAUGGUGGAGGCUUUGCACCUAAUGGGACACCCCCCUCAGCUCCUCCGGGAGGUGGAGCAGCCCCAGCAGGAGGCCCUUAUGGGGGUUAUGGAGCCCCAGGUUAUGGUGGGCAAUAUGGGCAGGGGUCUGGUGGCCCACAUGGGGGUCAUGGAGGACAGCCUCAUGGAGGACAGCCUUACGGCGGACAGCCCCACGGAGGACAGCCUCACGGAGGACAGCCUUACGGCGGACAGCCUCAUGGAGGACAGCCUCACGGAGGACAGCCUCAUGGAGGACAGCCGUAUGGCGGACAGCCUCAUGGAGGACAGCCGUAUGGAGGACAACCUUAUGGAGGGCCUAACAGAUACAAUGCUCCUACAGGUAACGUUCCCCCUGGUGUUAACCCAGAGGCGCACCAGUGGUUCCAGAGCGUCGACGCAGACCACAGCGGAUUCAUUAACUCAAAGGAGCUAAAACAAGCCUUAGUCAACUCCAACUGGUCCAAUUUUAAUGACGAAACUUGCCUCAUGAUGAUCAAUAUGUUUGACAAGACACGGUCGGGCCGGAUAGACUUGUUUGGUUUCUCAGCACUGUGGAAUUACAUACAGCAGUGGAGGGCUCUGUUUCAGCAGUAUGACAGGGACCACUCGGGAUCCAUCAGUGGCUCAGAGCUGCACCAAGCUCUCACUCAGAUGGGAUACAAACUCAGCCCCCAGUUUUCUGAGAUGCUGGUGCAGCGCUUCAGCGGAAGAGGAGGGCCCCACGGCAUACAGCUGGACCGCUUCAUCCAGGCGUGCACGCAGCUUCAGAGCAUGACGCAGGUGUUCAGGGAGAGAGACACCGGCAUGACGGGCAACAUUCGCCUCAGCUACGAGGACUUUCUCGCCAGUGGGGUUACGAAGCUGAUGUGAGAGUGGCUUUGCUAACGAGCCCCGCUGCAACCGUGGAUGUGCACCAUCAUUUCUCGUACUGACUGAGAGUCUCUCAGAUUUCUGUGCUUUGCCAGAAGUGCCCUCACAUGUUGCAGCACAUACACUGUAGCAGCAGUCACGUAAUGUGACGGUUGGGGGGGCUAACUUUGCACUCCUAAUGAGGUUCAGCUUGUUUACUGUCCCUCCUAAUGACAGAGGCUUUCAAAUAUUGGUGCCAAUCAGAUGUUCAUGUCAUCAAAAAUCAGUUCAACCAAGCAGGCCUUCUGGAUAAUUAACACUUCCUGUCUACAUGAUACCACAACUUGAUGUUUUAAGAUUUCUCUUAGAAUUUCGAACUGAAUUUGAGUUAAAAUGUCAAAACAGAUGGUGAAAUUAUGAUAAUUAGAUCUCUUCUUGUAAUCACAUGGGAAAGUUUAAUGUAUUAACUGAACCAGUAAAAAUUUGUUUUGUUUUUCUCACUAUGGUUAAGGACUGAAUUAAAUAUUACUUUGUAAAAUUGUACAGAUUACUAUGCAUUAUACUUAGAAAUAAUGUGGACCUUAUCAGAAUUGGGUGGAGAAUAAGAGUUUAUUGAAUGAAUCCUCGCUACACAGUAUGGUUGGGAAAAUACCUACCGGUAUACUUAUAUUUUUUGAAAUAUUUGCAAUCUAA